AAAGAAAACAAGCCUUUUGCUUCUUCCAUAUCUAGAGUUUAGUUUAUAUUCAAACAAACAACAUCUCAGAACGAUAACCUUAAACCAAAAAAAAAAAAAAAACAUCUCAGAACGAGCAUGAAUCUCGAGGCUCGAAGACACUCUCUACGAACUACAUAACUUCCGGUUAUGUUAUAAAGGCCUAAUUGUUUUAUUCACGGGCCCAUUAACGCAGCAGAACGCUGUCGUUCCUAUUUCCGUCCAGUCUUCGAACUCGUAUACUCGCAGUUAAAGCGCGUGGAGGCUAGUCUCUAUCUUAUUGUCAAAUGUCAAUUGUCGGAAACGGCGAUCAUCCAAAGCUAUCUUUCUCCUAAAAACCCACUUUUCUUCAUUUGCUUCUUCCAAAUUCCUUUAAAUCUCAACAACUUCUCUGAAUCCGAGGUUAGGUAACACCUGCUCUGUUUCUCUUACUUUAUGUUAUCAUUUUGAACGAAAAAGCUUUGAUCUUUUGACUUCAAAACUUUGCUUCAUUUAGUCAAAGAUACGAUCUAAGCUUCUUUCUUUUUGUAACUUCAAUUGAAACUGAUUCAUGGCUACACCGAUAUUCAAUGCCUCUUGCAGCUUCUCAUCGAGCAAAGUAAUCGAUUGCAAAAGCUACGCCGGUCUGAGAUCGCCGGCGAGUAAAGUGAGAAUUGCUUCACUUCCAAUCGCAGCUAUUCACCGUCGCUCUCUUGUCGUAAGAGCCAGUGAAUCCAACGGACAAGCCAAGAAGCUCGGGAGGAGCGACGCUGAGUGUGAAGCCGCCGUUGUCGCCGGAAAGGCCCCCGAGGCACCUCCGGUUCCACCUAAACCCGCUGCUCCGGCCGGUACGCCGAUUAGUCAGCCUCUCAAUCUAAACCGGCGUCCACGGCGUAACCGUGCAUCCCCUUUCGCCAGAGCCGCCUUUCAGGAAACUAACAUCUCCCCUGCAAAUUUUGUAUACCCACUUUUCAUUCAUGAAGGUGAAGAGGACACGCCUAUUGGAGCAAUGCCCGGUUGCUACAGGCUUGGAUGGAGACAUGGCCUCGUAGAAGAGGUUGCAAAGGCUCGAGCUGUUGGUGUAAAUAGUAUCGUCCUGUUCCCUAAAGUUCCCGAGGCUUUGAAGAAUCCAACAGGGGAUGAGGCAUACAAUGACAACGGUCUAGUGCCUAGAACGAUUCGACUUCUCAAAGACAAAUACCCUGAUCUUGUUAUCUACACUGAUGUUGCUCUGGAUCCUUACUCAUCUGAUGGUCACGAUGGUAUAGUCAGAGAGGAUGGCGUAAUAAUGAAUGAUGAGACUGUGCACCAGCUGUGUAAGCAAGCUGUUUCUCAGGCGCGAGCUGGAGCAGAUGUCGUUAGUCCGAGUGACAUGAUGGAUGGUCGAGUAGGCGCAAUUCGUGCAGCUCUUGACGCUGAAGGCUUUCAAAAUGUCUCCAUCAUGUCUUACACAGCAAAGUAUGCAAGUUCGUUUUACGGUCCUUUCCGUGAAGCCCUAGACUCGAAUCCGCGUUUUGGGGAUAAGAAAACACUUUGUGGUUAUAACAAAUUUUGGUACCUUUUGCACAAAAGUUAUCAGAUGAACCCAGCAAAUUACAGAGAGGCUUUGAUUGAGGCACGUGAAGACGAGGCUGAAGGAGCCGACAUUCUCUUGGUGAAGCCAGGUCUCCCAUAUUUGGACAUCAUAAGGCUUCUCAGGGACAAAUCUUCAUUACCCAUUGCUGCAUACCAAGUUUCUGGGGAGUACUCGAUGAUCAAAGCAGGGGGAGUCCUGAAGAUGAUCGAUGAGGAGAAAGUGAUGAUGGAGUCACUCAUGUGCUUACGCCGAGCUGGUGCUGACAUCAUUCUUACCUACUUUGCUCUUCAAGCUGCUACUUGCUUAUGCGGUGAGAAGCGGUAGAAGAAGAAGAGACAAAGACAGAGUUUUGUACUGUUUUUAAACAAUUCGAGACAAUCGCGAUUUUUUGCCUUGUUCUAAUCCGAGUUAUGUACUCGUGUUAACGUGUUGUCUUUAUGUAUGUUGUGUCUAUCUCGUUGAUAUUUAGCAAAGCAAUCAUUUGGUUCUUGAUAACGUGUUUCUUUAGUUUGGGAAAUUAAUUGUCAAAUAAUAUAUGAAAUUGAAAUCGUGAACAAGUUUGUCUUUGCUGGUGUAUUUGUUUUUGUUUCAACCACAAGUUUUGUCCUUGUAAUCAUCUUGAAUAAUAAAGAACGCAGUGUUUAUUCACA